AUGCACGCUUCACAGGCCUCGCAGACUUCUAUCUACGCCGCUCAGUAUAGUCAACAGGUUCAUCAGGCUCAGCAAGCCCAGCAGGCCCAUCAGGCCCAUCAGGCCCAUCAGGCUCAGCAGGCACAACAAGCUCAACAGGUGCAACAGGCACAGCAGGCACAGCAGGCACAGCAGGCUCAGUAUGUUCAACAGCUUCGGCAAGCUCAUCAUGCUCAACAGGUUCACCAAGCUCAACAAGCCCAGCAACAGGCUCAACAAGCCCAGCAAGCUCAGCAACAGGCUCAACAGGCGCAACAGGUCCGACAGGCGCAACAGGCCCAGCAGGCCCAGCAAGUUCAACAGGCCCAGCAGGCCCAGCAAGUUCAACAGGCCCAACAGGCCCAGCAGGCCCAGCGGGCUCAACAAGCUCAGCAGGCUCAACAGGCAUCCCAAUCUCCGCACACUUCACAGGCUGCUCAUAAUUCACGAGCGUCUGGAGCUCCGACGGAAUCGCGGACGCCCCUGACCCUCCAGGCCCUCCUUCAAGAAAGGGCCUCUCGCACCCCUCAAGAAGAUUCCCGGGGUCCCGGCAGUCAUCUAACUCUGGACGACGUCAGCCCCAUGUUGCCUAGGUCCACCGAGGCCGAGCUCAGCAAAAUAAUCACCAGUCUUGACCUUGUUGCGGCCCAAAAGUUUCUUGCUGUUGCGGCCCAAAUGCAUCCGGAUAUUGGUUACAUGAUUGCCGAGUAUGGCAAGACGAGUGACCAACCAGUACCGCCGGCCCCAACCAAAGAACCAGUCAAGCCUUCAGUGGAAACCGUAGUCUAUGAGCAGGAUUAUGAUGUAAACGACGAGUACGACGACGAACCCGAUGACGAAGACGACAACCAGCGCAACGCCCAGGGCACCUCCCUGAACUUUGAUCAUCUGGCUGAAGAAGCCCACUACAUCCUCAACGUCAAGUACGACCGUUUGAACGCACGCCAGCAAUAUGAUCAGUCAGGCGACGCGGCUGAAAGCCUAGAACGAUGUGUUGUCAAGAUCCUCAAGCAGGUCAAGAAGAAUCCCGACUAUGGCACCAAGCUCAGUGGGGUGACAAACCUCUGGAAGAUAAUCUGGUAUCUUCUUACUUCGCCAGGCGCGUUGGCUCAUGAGAUUAAGAAGGACAGCCAGGACUGGGAUCAGCAAUUCGUGAAGCUUCACAAGUUUAUGAGCAAAGACGACAUUGAGAGGCUCAAGGUCCAGGACGUGGACGGGAAGAGGUGGCCUGAGAAGGCGAAGGAGUUGGCGGACGAGGCGGAUGCUUAUGGUCUCUUUGAGGAAAUAAGGGAGGUGUUGGAUCUGCUGCAGAAGUGA